AUGGGGAGAGUGUCUGGCAGGCGAGCUGUAAAAGCUCGGAACCGUCGCCCCCAGACCUUUUUACCUGGGAAUACCCCUUGGAACAAAGGUUUGGUAGCAGAGGGGGGACAUACGGACGCCGGUGUCUCACCCACGGAGGACGGGGAACCGACAGUGCGAGGGGGACAGACAUCAUCCACGCCAAGUACUUCGACGAUCGACUUGAAGAAAAGGUUGGAUGAAAAGACGUAUUCGAUGUUACACAGACGAGGAGACCACAUCCUCCUCCCCUGCCUUCGGAAACGAACGAAGAGAGUGGACUACACAGAGCCGAAGCGGCCGUACACCAACAACAAGGUACUUGGAAACAGGAUUGUGAACAUGGACAAGUUGGCAGAACUGGUCAAUCUUUUCAUUGCGGGCCACAGAAAAGCAAACGGAAGGUGUAAGGGCGAGUGCAGGUUCUUAAAGAACUUGGAAAGCAAGCUUGGCUUAGGUGUUAAAGAGGCGCUUUCCUGUAAGGCCUGUGGCUACAAGACAACGGCCACGGAACUGUUCCAGAGGGCCGACACGCGACGACCGGGGGCACGUGGACCGCUUGCAGUGAAGCUCAACAUCCAGGCUGUGACACCUGGGGUGAAGGACAGGUAUGGUCCUACUGCUCUGAAGCCUCUUUUUGCGUCGCUGGACAUUCCAGAUCCUGGCCGUACCACCAUGCAGAAGAAAAUGACGGAAGCAAGUGAGGUGUACGCCGACCUGAACAAGGCGCAGAUGGAACAGAACUGCGCUACAUUGGCAGAGGUGAAGCGGCAUCGUAUCGAGGCGGGACUUAGCGAAACUUCUACCAUCAUUACUGAGAGCGAUGCCGCCUACAACAACCCACCAAAGGGUAGGUCAAGGGGACAACCGGGAACUCAGGCGGAAUGUCCUACGUUUGAGAAAGAAACGGGCCAGGAUAUGCUGCUAGCAUUGACAACAACAAGUCAGCACUGUAAGGUCUGCGAAAAUCGACGACGCAGAGGGCUCCCGACCGGUCCUGGCUCCCAUAGAAAUUGUACCCAAACUUUCGACAGGACGAAGAAGAUGGGUGCUGCCGAAUACGAGAUGGCAAAGAAGAACACAGAAGCUGUGUUGAAGUGCAGUGGUCUAGCUGCCGGCACGCACUGUACGGACAAUGAUAGUAAGAACAUAAAAGGCGUGAACGACGCACUUCGCGAAGCCGGUCUCCCUCCCGCAGAAAAGCAAGACUGCAUCCUUCACCACAAAAGAAACCAUCGCGCCAGAGUGUUUCCCUUGGACCUCGAAGUUUUCCAAGGUGGGAACGCGACACAAGAGGACAGGAAGCAGAGAAGUCGCAGGGUAGGGCACUACAUUGUUGACAGGUGCGACACUGCACUACGCAGGGUUAGGAAGCUACACCGUGACUGCGACACAGACUUUUUCGACGAGGUUGACAGGUGUAUCCGCCCUACUCUUUUAAACUGCAUUGCAGGUGAUCACUCUGAGUGUACAUAUGAGACUGCGUGCCCGGAGCACAGCCUAGAACAACAUCCAGCUCCAGACAUUCCAGCAGGCGGAAACUUGGCCUUGACGAAGGGCGACCGUGACGUCCUCCAGGCUCUCGUGGACUAUCGGCUAGCUCCGGAGACAGUGAAACGCCAAAAAGGCUUAAUGACGACGAAUAAGAGUGAAAGUUUUCACAAACGCGUAACAAAGGCCUGCCCAAAGUCAAUGAAUUUUCCAACCAACUACCACGGUCGGGUCAAUGCCGCUGGCCUGGCGGACUCUAUCGGCUCGGGCGCCGCUAUCCGACGGGCGAAUGAGAUGAUGGGCGCGUCUCAUUCAGAUGGGAGUCCAGGGGCAGCUGGACUUGAGGCGAUUGACCGGGAGGAGAAGUACCACCAAGACAGAAAGAAGACAUGGAAGUACAAAAACAGGCGCUACAAGCUGGGAAAAGCCAAAGCGCACGCCAAGGUCACCAAGUCGGGAGAAGGAUACAGCACGGACUGCAUGCAUCCUAUGGUCAGGAGUGACCAUUCCUACACCAAAAACUGA